AUUUGCAAUUGGUGGGUUUCGUUGAAUUGUCAGUUGGAAAGGUAAACAAAUCAGCUGAUAAGAGCAUUUUCUCCGUUUUUCGUGAUUUUCCAACCAUGUUUCCACACUUGUCUGGUUGGAGAGUGAAUGUGGGGCAGCUACAGGAGGCUUGUGCUAAGGAAUUGCUAGGAAUUCUGGAGAAAUGCGAGGGAACAAAGGCAAUCAUCUGGGAUGAGAGUCUGGCUGGCCCUGUCGGUCUGAUUGCCAAGUACACGUUUUUGAGGGAGCACAAUGUGACAAAGAUGUUUCCCUUGAGCGGAGAUCCACUGCCGGACAUUGAUGUCAAGAGUGUCAUCUUCAUAACACGCCCCAAUUUGAAGUUGAUGAAUUUUAUCGCCGAUAACAUCCACAGUGAGGAGAGAAAGCGAAAGGCAACGAUGAAGAAGGACUUCUACAUGUACUUUUUGCCGAAAAAGUCCCUCCUUUGUGAGAAACAUCUCAAGAACAAGGGCGUUUAUGGGAGUCUGAGUCAUGUUGGUGAAUUCCGAUGUGAUUUCUUCCCUGUGGACAAUGAUCUGCUAUCCAUGGAGCUGAAGGAUGCUUUCAGGGAGCUCCACAUUGACGGUGAUCCCACAUGUGUGCACCAGAGCGCUGUGGCUCUGAUGACGCUGCAGCGCCUCUACGGACGCAUUCCCAGAAUUUGCGGAAAGGGAAUCUACGCCGAGAAGUUGUGGGAAUUGACAAAAUCCCUGGGUAGAGACGACACGCAAAUGCUGCAGGCAAGCGAGAAAGGCAGCAUCGAUCAAAUGAUCAUUCUCGACAGAUCUGUGGACCUCAUGAGCGUCCUGGCCACUCAGUUGACCUACGAAGGUCUCAUUGAUGAAAUCUUCGGCAUUAGCAACACGACUCUUCAUCUGCCGGCCGAUCGCUUUGGCCGCAGCGAUGACCAGCCCUUGCCGGCUCUCUCCACUUCAGAGACAAAACAGAUCAUCCUGAACUCUGGAGAGGAGCUCUACGCGGAAUUGAGAGACAAGAACUUCAACGCCGUGGGACAAAUUCUCUCGCGCCACGCGAAAAGCAUCUCAUCAGCUCUAGAGGAGCGCCACGGGGACAAGUCCGUGUCCGACAUGAAGAAGUUCGUGGAGCGACUGCCCAAUAUGCUGGCCAACAAGGCUUCACUGGCCACUCACACAACCAUCGCCGAGUUGAUCAAGGAAGUCACGGACUCUGCGGACUUCCUGGACGAACUGGAGUGCGAACAGGAGUUCCUCAUGUGCGCCGAUGUGGAUCGCCCCAGUGCCUUCAUUGAGGAUUUGAUAGCCAAGCAGGCGCCUUUGAGGAACGUCCUGCGCCUCAUUUGCAUGCAGAGUUUGGCAGGAUCUGGACUGAAGCCCAAAGUGCUGGAUUACUACAAGCGGGAACUCGUGCAAGUGUACGGACUUGAGGUGCUGCUGACGCUGAGCAAUCUGGAGAAAGCCGGUCUCCUGCGUCCUCAAUCGGGCAGCAGGAGUUACUCAGUGCUCAGGAAGAUGCUAAAUCUCACUGUUGAUGACGCAGUGGAAGUCGCUCCGAAGGACAUCAGCUACGUCCACAGCUUCUAUGCUCCGCUAUCUGUGCGCCUCAUUGAGCACCUACUGAAGCCUACCGGAUGGCAGGGACUCAACGAUGUGCUGUCGGUUCUGCCCGGGCCGUCCUUCGAUGAAUUCCAGUCCUCGCCGACGGGUUUUGGCGGCCGGCGCGGCUCCUUCACCAGCGAAAUCAGCCAGUCAGACAUUCCCCGAACGAUCCUGGUGUUCUUCCUCGGCGGCUGCACCUUUGCAGAGGUCGCCGCGCUCCGAUUCCUGGCUCAGCAGGAGGAGAACAACGUGGAGUUCAUCAUAGCAACAACCAAAUUGAUUAAUAAGAACUCAUUUCUGGACUGCUUCAUCGACACGGCGGUCAAUUAA